AUGUUAGUAGUUCCAGCCGACAAGCUCUGGACAGACGUACACCGCAGGUCGAUUCCCAACAAACAAAUUGCCGAAAAUCAAGCCUCCUCUUCAAUUCUUCGUAGAGAGGCUGGUCGUCAAUUGAACAAAACACAUCCACCCGACGGCUUCAAAUUGAAAACUCCCAACAACCACAUGUCCUGUAGAGAAAAGGAGCGAAGACUGUCGGCGGGAUCUGUGACAGAUCGGAGCUUGAUGGGAAGAUAUUCCUAUGACAUGUACAUAAUCAGCCAGGAUUGUGUUGCUAGCACUUCACCUGAAGCCGUUUCGAUCGGCCAAUUGGAACUCGUGCCCAGCGGGCCUCGAGCUAGGCACCUUGCCGUCCGAUCAACAGUCUUUUCUGCAUGCUAA